AUCACCGAAGCUCAGGGCAGUCAGUUCCCAGCCUUUUCUUUCAACUCUGAAGCCCGAGAGAAGGCGACGAGCCCUUACGCUCUUAGCUUUCAGAUCCAGGCACCCCAUUCUUUGGCGAGCAGUGGGGAGAGAGACAUAAGGGUGGGGAGCAGAGGGUAGUAAAGAGGGGAGCGCGUUCUGAGCCAACCCAGCCUUCCCGCAACGGCCCGGCCCCGGCCGCCCCUCCCCUGGGUGGUUCCGGGCUCCUUUUCGGGCAGGGUUUAUUUGCAUAGAGGAAACUGCCGAAAGUGGCCGCUGAGUAGUUGGGUAGGAGGGCGUAGCGAAUCCCCUUGUAAAGCCCAGUGGCUCUUCACCCUGAUAGCGGAUGGGUCCCUGCUCUGUCCUGGGCUCCCGGAGGUCUGGGCAGUGAUCGCAGAAAGCUUCAGCACUUGGGGAACGCUCCAGGGCGAACCCUCAACCCCCAAUACCAUUCCCACCGCCUAGGGCGUCCCCUCAGCGAGCCCCACCGGAGCAGAGCCAACACAAAGUAACGCUGCCCCGCGCCCUCCCGCUGCCCGUCCGCUGCCCUUUUGCCAGCUCCUGAGUGCCGUCUCCCGGGUCCCCCCAGCUCGAUGGGCGCGUGGGAGCCGGGGUCCCGGAGAGCUAGCCCCGCGGGGGCUCCCGCGUGUCCCGCGUGGGGCGGCGGCGCGGCGGCGCUGGUGCUGAGCGCGCUCUGCCUGCUGCUGUCCCUGGGCUCGGUGGCCGCCUGCCUGCUACUGAGCGCCCAGGCGUCCGAGCUGCAGGGCAGGGUGUCCGCGCUCGAAGAGGAGCAGCAGCGGCAGCAGCAUGUAGGUUGGGGGCCCCCCGAGGCAUCCGGCGCCCUCAUCUCCUGGGCCGAGCCCUACCUGGAGAGGCUCCUGAAGGAGAAGUUGGAAGGACUAGCCAAGCAACGGAAAGCUCGAGAAGUUUUAACUGAGUGUCUCUGUCCCCCAGGACCCCCAGGGAGGCGUGGAAAACCUGGAAGAAGAGGAGAUACCGGGCCUGCAGGGCAAGCAGGACGAGACGGUUAUCCGGGGCCACUGGGUUUGGAUGGCAAGCCGGGAUUGCCGGGUCCCAAAGGUGAAAAGGGAGAACCAGGUGACUUCGGCCCACGGGGAGAUCGAGGUCAAGAUGGAGCUGCUGGUCCCCCUGGGCCCCCAGGUCCCCCGGGAGCCAGAGGGCCCCCUGGAGACACAGGAAAGGAUGGUCCUCGAGGUCCCCAAGGGCUGGAUGGUCUAAAAGGAGAGCCAGGACCAGGAGGUGUGAUGGGCCCAAAAGGACCACCAGGGCUCAAGGGCGAACCUGGUAUGCCAGGAAGAAAGGGAGAUGAUGGCUUACCAGGACAACCGGGACUCCAGGGAUCUGUUGGGCCAAAGGGAGAAGAAGGAAGCCCAGGGCCUCAGGGAAAGAAUGGAACUGAUGGAUCACCAGGAACCAAGGGGGAGCCUGGUGAGAGAGGAUCUGACGGCUUCCUUGGACCCAGGGGUCCACCUGGCCUGAAAGGUGAGCAAGGAGACACAGUGGUGAUUGACUAUGAUGGCAGAAUUCUGGAUGCUCUCAAGGGUCCUCCAGGACCUCAAGGCCCACCUGGUCCUCCAGGAAACCCUGGAGCAAAGGGAGAGCUCGGAUUGCCCGGUCCUCCUGGCGUUGAUGGAGAAAAGGGGCCAAAGGGCUCUAAAGGAGACCAGGGACAGCCGGGACUGAUGGGACCGAAAGGAGAAAUUGGAGAAAUGGGCUUGUCUGGCCCCCCGGGUGUUGAUGGCCCCAAAGGUGAGAAGGGAGAAUCAGGAUCUGCAAGUCUUCAGGAGAGCCUGGCCCAGAUUCUGGCAGAACCGGGGCCACCUGGCUUACCUGGCCCUCCAGGUCCGAUGGGUCUUCAGGGGAUCCAAGGUCCCAAGGGAUUGGAUGGUGCAAAGGGGGAGAAGGGUGCUACCGGAGAGAAAGGCUCCAAUGGGCUGCUCGGACCAGCUGGCCCACCUGGCCUAAUCGGAUUACCUGGAACAAAAGGAGAAAAGGGCAGACCUGGUGAGCCAGGAUUGGAUGGCUUCCCAGGACCCCGAGGAGAGAAGGGAGAGAGGAGCAAGCAAGGAGAGAAGGGGGAUCGAGGGGUUCCUGGCAGAAAAGGAGCGAAGGGGCAGAAGGGAGAGCCUGGGCCCCCUGGAUUGGAUCAGCCGUGUCCAGUGGGAGCUGAUGGACUACCUGUGCCAGGCUGCUGGCACAAGUGAUCCCUGCUCUUCCCACCUGAAGCUUGUACAUAUUCAUGUGAUAUACUUUGCUCUCCUUAUUUUUUGUAAAAAACAAAAAACAAAACAAACAAACAGUAAUAUAUUGAUUUUUAUUUUUUUGCUGGAUGUUGCCAUUUAUGGAUUAAAAGAAUUUUUUUAAGUUUCCAGAAUGGCUGAGAAGUGACUUUCAUACUCUUGGCUCAGAGUGGCCUGAGCUUGGACUGGCAUGGAAUCUCAGCCUCUUCCUCAGUUAAAGGACUCCAGCUAAGGAGAAGCAAUGGACCUUUGGGCUAUCUUUGUGGAAGGAAAGACUCUUGGGAACUAUAACCCGCUUCUCCAUAAAGCAAAGGAAAGCAAUUCAAAUAUGGGGGUCAGAAGUACUCGAGCUGGGAGACCACAGAAACGGCUGGGUUUGGGCACAUUUGUUCACCUUCCAUUGGAAAAAAAGAAGAAGAAAAUAAGACUUCUAACUAUUCCUCCCCAAAUCCAACCCAUGGCUUCAUCCUUUGUGUGCCUUCGCCCCAAAGCCGAAUGCAGAGAAUAUGGCACCAGAGACAUCCACAUCUUUUAAGAUGGCUCCUGGAGAUGCUGGGAUUGUGUCAGAGGGGAAUAAUCGGCAAGCACUCAACCUUGGGGCUGCUCUUUCUGAUCCUACCUUUCCUGAAGUGCUGGGAGACAACAAGCCCCUCCAUUCUCUGGGUGCCCUUGUUGCCUUCUUCUUCCACUCCCCACUCCUCCGAGUCGCAUCCUCCCCAGCUCCCCUGUGUUGUUAUGGCUUCCCCAGAACCCUCCAUCCCAGCCUGCCUGGGAAAGCUUGACAUGCUGGCUUAAGACUGAAGUUUGCUGACCAUUGUUCCCCCUGCCUUCCUUCAGUGGCCAAGCUUGGGCCCCAGACCUUGUCCAUUCUCCCUUCUCUGCAGGGAGUUCUGGCGCAAAGCCAUCCAUCAAUCACCAAACUUUUAUUAACUUCCUUUUCAGUGCCAUCCACUGUGUUGGGUGCUGGGGUCUGCCCCCAAGAUUUAUUUCAUCCACCCAUGUGAAGAGCCUGGCAGAUGCCUGGAACCUUCCCCAUCCUCUCACAAUUCCAGCUUGAAUUGGGGUCAGAGUGCAUUUCCAUUUUCGGGGCACGCUAGACAUCAGGAGUGCAAGCAGGGAAUGAGGCGGGAACUAACUCUUGUAAGGAAAACGCAAAUGCAUGCUCUAUUGUGUGUACUAUACAGAGGUUUCUUUACUUAGGACCACUGAAAAUCCAGUGGCUCAUGGCUGCAGGUGAGAAUCCCAUGCUCCUUUGCAGACGUUGUUUGAGUUUGGGGUGCAAUUUGAUGUACAUCAGGGUUCUAUGAACCACCAUAGUCCCCUAGUUGCUGAUCUAAGCAUUCUCAGAAGACUAAGGAGAACUUGAAAGGUUUUCAUGGAUGCGACUAUUGCUGACCCCCUGUGACCGAGUCAUUCUGGCCCAGCCUUUUGGGGUACUCUGAGCUCAAAUCACUCGCUGCAAAGCCCAGUGCACAGGGGACAUCCAAAAGAAUAUACACACAACGCAGAAGCACAUAAACACAAGCAUAAGGUGGCACAGGUAGUCAAGCUCCUCGGAGCUUCCAAUUCUAUCGCAGUGAUACUUUCCCAGCCUCUAUUGCUCCUCCUCUUGGCAACAAUCUCAGCUAAGGGUGAGGAUUAAAAAACAAACCAAAAGAAAACAGACACCAAAAACCCAACCCAUCAUUACAGGGGCCUAGGCUUCCCUGCUUUCACAAGUUGGCUGGAGUGGGUCUCACAACAGGAAUGAAGUUGAUACCUUUCUAAAGGCUCUUGCCAUUAGCAACUGCUUCCCUUCCCUGAAAGGUCAGUUGCCUUGGCUCCCCGAUUAUACUACCAUGUUCUUCCAGCCUGAAGUCCUGGCCUUUAUGUCCGUCCCUCAGGACCAUGAAUCUGUACUGGUGAAGCGUUUCUCCUGAUGACACUUACGGUUUUUCAGAACUAAAAGAAUAGAUUCUUCAACCAAAAUUAGAAGGGACUUGAGUCAUGGAGGAUUUUUAUUUAGACGAGGAAAAUAAGGCGUCCCUCAUCUAACAAAAGUACACAGCUACUGGCUUCAUUUACUACUAAUUGUUUUCCUUUUCUUUUGUAAAUUAAAGUCUAAGGAUGUAAUAAACUAUAAUGGUA